UUCAAUGUAGAAGAGAUCUAUAAGGGAUACAAAAUUUACGUGAACCAUUGACAAACAUGCAGGAAACUUCAAAAUCAUAUUUAGAAAUGCUUUAUACAACUUUACUCUUUUUUUGAUUAGCCCACCUUUCCACAAUGCCCACCUUUCCACAUCCUUUGAGCCAAAGUACAGGUAUGACAGUAUAAGUAAAUUUGAAAGAAAAAGCCUUGCCUACUAAGAAACAUGCUUUUUAGUUAAUGCCAUGUCAAGUUUACACCACUAAAAUUUCCCUUUUUCCCAAUACCAGUGUCACAUAUGUUCUGCAUCUGUUUGGGAAUACUAUUGUAUCGUGUGUCACCAUUCGUCGCCCUCUGAAUAAAGGCUGUCUGGCUCCCAGCUUAAAUAUUGCAGCAAACUAAAAACCAACCAUCAGACUGGAUUCAUUCACUUCUGCUCACUCGGGCGACAAGGAUUGGAGGCCAUAGGUGGGAACCAGAGAGCAAAAAGUUCACUUCACACCACAGUGUGCCAAGAGAAGGGGGAACGCAAAUACUCUGGAGCUCUUACUGUGGCAAGCUGCCCAUUUUCUACCAUUUACCUUGCUGACAGUCAACCAUGGGUGACUGGAGUUUCUUGGGUAACAUCCUUGAGGAAGUUAAUGAGCAUUCGACAGUAAUCGGUAGAGUGUGGCUGACAGUCCUCUUCAUCUUCCGAAUCCUAAUCCUGGGCACGGCUGCGGAGUUUGUAUGGGGCGAUGAGCAGUCGGAUUACGUGUGCAACACGCAGCAGCCAGGUUGCGAGAAUGUUUGCUACGAUGAGGCCUUCCCCAUUUCACACAUUCGCCUGUGGGUACUACAGAUCAUCUUUGUUUCCACACCGUCUUUGGUGUACGUGGGUCAUGCUGUCCACCAUGUACAUAUGGAGGAGAAACGCAAGGAACGGGAGGAGGCAGAGCUAAACAGGCAGCAAGAGAACGAGGAAAGGCUGCCACUUGCACCUGAUCAGGGGAGUGUCCGUACAGCCAAGGAGACAAGCACAAAGGGCAGCAAGAAGUUCCGUCUAGAGGGCACACUGUUGAGGACCUAUAUCUGCCACAUUAUCUUUAAGACUCUCUUUGAGGUAGGCUUUGUGGUGGGCCAGUACUACCUGUAUGGCUUCCGAAUCCAGCCACUUUACAAGUGCAGCCGCUGGCCGUGCCCAAACACGGUUGACUGUUUUGUCUCAAGACCCACCGAGAAAACCGUUUUCAUCAUCUUCAUGCUAGCUGUGGCCUGUGUCUCACUUUUCCUCAACUUUGUGGAAAUCAGCCAUUUAGGUCUGAAAAAGAUCCACUUUGUAUUCCGUAAACCAGCCCGGCCACAAGUUGAGGGACCAGGGGCAGUUGAGAAGGCCCUGCCUUCCAUGGCAGUCUCCUCUAUCCAGAAAGCCAAAGGCUAUAAGCUGUUGGAGGAGGACAAAGCCACAUCUCACUUCUUCCCCAUGACAGAGGUAGUGGGGAUGGAGGCUGGGCGGCUACCGGCUCCUUACGAGCCAUUUGAGGAGAAAUCCAAUGAGGCAGCUGCACCUAAGAAAGACGUGUCAAAGCUGUAUGAUGAAACGCUGCCCUCCUACGCACAGAUGACCAUAAUAGGGCCAAGUGCGACAGGAGUUCUACGCAGGGAUGACGAUGAGGAUGAUUUGGCCGUGGAAGCAGACGUGGAAGCCAGUGAGACGAUAGAAGAUACACGACCACUAAGCAGCCUGAGCAAGGCCAGCAGCCGUGCAAGGUCAGAUGACUUGACAGUAUAAAUAAACUGGAUUAGAACUACAGCAAAAUAAAGUCUAGUUAUACUGAAGAAAGUAAAAACUAGUGUGAGAAAGAGAGGUGCCUUCCGGCAACUGUGGCAACACUUAUAAUAUCAGUUUAUUAUUUUGAGGAGGAAAAAGAUAAAAAAUAAAAAAUAAUGCUGUGCAAUUUUUGUGAGGAAACUUGAGAGCUUGAUUCACUUUUUUAUACAGCAGUAUUUUUUGUACUAUUUUAUCAAACAGAUUUAAGACAUUAUCAAACUAAAGGUAGAGAUCUGCAGCAGCUAGAUCUACGAUGGGAGUUGUGUGUCAGGAGAACUUAUUUAGCAAAAUAUGUGCUGUUUUUUUUUUUUUAAAUAAUAACUUUUUCUAUCCAGAAUUUUGCUUAUCUAAGGUGAGAUUCUGAUGUUUACAUUUUUGGAUUAGCCAUUAGCUAAACGUUGUAUGUGAUAUUUUGAAAUUAUUAUUAUUCUGAUAAGAAAACUGUCAGGGCAUCAUCCUUUUCACCUCAAUAAGUUCAACCAUACAUGAUAAUUACUAAAUCACUCUUAUUGAUUUGUAUGUAAAUGGUACUGUAAUGUUUGGCAUAGAUAUGUGUAUGUGCGAGGUGAAACAAGUGCUGAUAGUGUCAUUGCACAGUUGUUCAUCAUGGCAUCCUAUCAAAAUAUAGACUAUUUAUUUAAAAGAAAUGAUCACCACUGAUAAAUAUGAAGAAUUAUGAAAUACAUUGUUUCUGGUUUCACUCACUUACAUAUAAUUGUACUAAUUGCAUUAGCCAUAAAAAUGAUUGCAGGCCACAUUCUUUGUGGACUCUGUGCAUGCAUCCAUGAUGAUGAUGAUGAUAAAGAUCACGCCCAAUCAGCACAAAGUAUUGUUCAACAAGUGUCAAUAAAACAACAUUAUGUCAUUACAGAUGGUCAGACAUCCUUGACAUUGUUGUAAACAACAUGUCCACACUUUGCCCUCCAUGACACUAAAGUUUAUUUUAUUUUUAUUUUUUUAAAGGCAACUUUAAAACAUUUCAGAGGACAAGAACAGAAGGGCUUCACCACUAAUUUGACCUAAAACAAAAACAAGGCCAUGGACAAUAGUGUGAAACAGCAAAAAAAAAAACAAACAAAAAAAAAAAAUGUAAAUGAUCAGUCAUGCAAGUUUAGUUUGAAAAGUUGGUUUCUUUUUUUUUUCAUUAUUAUUAUUAUUAUUAUUAUUAUUAUUAUUAUAAGUUCCUCUUUUGUUUCUCAUAGUGAGUGGGUGAACUUUUGACCAAAUAAAAUGUCUCUUUGUUUUUCACUUUGUUUCUAAAUACUUUCACAGUUCUAUUGAAGUCACAGGACAUACUUUACUGAAAUGUAUAAAAAUGUAAUGUUAAUAGGGUGUAUACGAUAACAGAUAUGUCAAAAGAGUUCAAAGUGCCUGUUUUUUUCUUCUCUCUCUCUCUCUCUCUCUCUCUCUCUCUCUCUCUCUCUCUCUCUCUCUCUCUUUGGUUUGAAUGUAAAACUGUUAUUUCAUACUGCUGAUAAGCCUUUCCAGCAAUGAAAAUAAUUGAAUGAAAAAAAAAAAAAAGGAAAACUUUUUGUUUGCUUGCACAUCACUAUUCACUUCCUGUAUUACUCUGUUCCAUUUCUGUGAACUGGUUAGUGGAAACAACUUUGAAACACACAAUGGCUGUAACUGAUAAGAUAAGUGCAUAAAAUUACUUUGUAGAGAAGCUUUCAUAACCUGUGAAAUAGUAAUAAAAAAUAAAAUAAAUAAAAACAACCAGCACAAAGUUUGUCAGCUGUCAUGCAAAGAAGUUUGCGGCAGACAAAUGAUUCUGUAUUUUGCGGUGGCCAGAGAGGUUAAGCUGACAGCGAUCAGUCUGUUCACAGAAAACAAACAGCCCAGGAAAAAAAAAAAAAAAAAAGCACACUGAUUUUCCCUCAAGACAGAUUUGGAGAUUUGGGGGUGGCAAUGCUAAAAUUAUAUCUCAUUAAUGGUCAUUAGUUCUUAAUUGUGAUUUUCAGCACAUUGUUCUGAGAAGUCAUUUUUAAUUACUUUGUUCAAGGUCUUCUGUUGCAUUUAUAUUAUUGGACAUCAUUUUUUUUUUUUUUUUUCAUUUCUUAAACACAAAACAUCCUUUUUACUAACUUGUAUUUCUUUACUGCUCAUAUACGCUUGUAUGAGAAAUUAUCAUAAAUUGAAACCUGUGGAAAUAGCCAAUAAAAGUCCA